AUGUCGUCUCUCCCAGGUAUCCCUCGAGAAGCUUCGAAGUUGCUCAAGCCAGGCUAUGCUCAAGCACUUGGCUUUCUGCAAAAUACCGUGGGUGUUGAUCCGCUCACGCUGGUGAACGCCGGUCUGGUUCUUGCUGGGCUUUUUACCUUCCUGCGCUAUGUUUUUACACGCAUUGUUGUCUUAUGGGUGACGGUUCGAAUAAACGAAGAUGAUCAGCUCUAUCAGAGUCUGAUGAGGUGGAUGGCAGACCAUCAAUUUAUGAACCGCCAAUUUCGAAGUGUCAAAGCCGUGAGCGCCUCCAAGAGUUCUUGGGAAGAUGAAGAGGAGGCACUCAAGUCUAUGAUUGGCAACAAGAGUCUUUCUGGACCAGAUCCCAAUAAUCUAAUCAGCUAUCGGACCAUUGUCGGACGCUCGCCAAUCACUUUCCAGCCAUUUCAAGGCAGGCAUCUCUUCCGUCGCCAUAGGAGUUGGAUUCUCUUCCAACACAAGGUGCGAGAGGGCCAUGAACUGGUGCCUCUAGACAAAGAACAAGGUUUCAUCCAGCUACAAUGCUUGGGAUCCUCCUUUGCACCUAUUCAGCGUCUGCUGGAGGAAGCGCAAUUGUACCAUCUUGAAAAAACAAAGGCUACGACAACAGUGCAUAGAGCUAUCUCUAACGUACGAGAUAUGAUCCGCUGGACGAGAUUCAGCGCCAGACCCUCCCGGGACAUGUCGACGGUUAUCUUUGACAAACACGCAAAGCAAGAGCUCCUUCAGGAUAUAAAUGAAUAUCUCCACCCGCACACAAGGCGGUGGUACGCAAAUCACGGUAUUCCGUACAGGCGUGGCUAUCUGUUUUCCGGUGCACCUGGUACUGGGAAGACAAGCUUAACAUCCGCUUUAGCUGGUAUUUUUGGCCUGGACAUAUACGUGCUGAGCUUGCUGGAUCCUAACAUGAACGAGUCCGCAUUGAUGAGGCUGAUGUCAGAAGUCCCUGCUCGAUGCAUCGUGCUAUUAGAGGACAUUGAUGCUGCCGGCCUUACUCGUCCGGCGAGUGAGCCUAGACCAGUGAGACAUGGUCGAAAGUACAGGGGAGAAAAAUUAUCUACCGAGUCCGACGUUUUAAGUAUGAUUCAAGGGCCUGAUAGAGGCAUCUUGGGCAACGACAGUGCGGCCACAUCGGUUUCUUUGUCGGGUUUGCUCAAUGCCAUUGAUGGAGUGUCUUCACAGGAAGGGCGCAUCCUGGUCAUGACGACAAACUCUCCCGAGUCACUGGACAAGGCGUUAAUCCGGCCUGGACGAGUCGACCUGCACAUUGCUUUUGAGCUUCCCACCAAAGUAGACAUGAGAGAAUUGUUUAUGGCUAUGUACCGAGACGAUACAUUGUCCGUUGCCACGACGCAAGCCAACGAAAUAGCCAUUAUCAAGAGCAAGGAGCAAGAAGAAAUAACAAAGCCUACCCAUGACCUAGAAAGUCUAGCUAUGAAGUUUGCCGAUUCAAUUCCAGAAAGAAAAUUCAGCCUUGCUGCUCUGCAGGGAUUUCUUCUGUCAUAUAAGAGAGAUCCCAAACAGGCAUGCGAAAAUGCUGCGGAAUGGGCACAAAAUACACUAAUGAAAAUGGCCGAAGAGAAGGAGGAUAAGCAAGAGCGUCAGGGAAAAUUGACGGAAUAG